UAAUUGCUUAUUAUUAUUAUUAUUUGGGAAAAUGCUGCCCUUGACUGACUGGUUUGUGAUGAUUCUGAUGAAAGUUACUGAUCAUACAUAUUGAUAGAGUUUUGUUCAACACCAUCUGAGGCUGCUUUUAGAGCCACACAAAUGGACGUUUGAGAACCAUACACUGAACCUUUUUCUUUUUCUUCAGCUCACUGCUCUUCGAAUUCAAUUUUCUCUAGCCUGUCGCUUUCUGAGAUAUAGAGAGCUAAGCUAGCUAGGCUCACGCGUUGCAGAGUCAGAUGUUUGUUUCGUGUACCAGUUGUGUGCGACAGAUCGAUGACUCUAGAGACUUAGAGCACUUGUAGUGAACUCACCAAAGAGACGAAAUCGUGAAAAUCAGACGAGCUUCAUCCAUUUCCUGUCUGCAACGAACUCGUCUCUGCUACAGGAAAUUUGGUGAGUGCCGAUUUGGCUCGUCUGCUCUGCUGAGCCGAUUUCCUCUCGUCUCUUCUUACUUUUCAUUUGUUUAUUACCCUUCCCGCGCUCUCGAUCUCCUGAAGCGAAAAUUGGAGCUCCUUCGCACCUUUUCUCACAAAUCACCUCUGCAAGCUUUUGAAUCCCAGGGAUGGAUUCAAACCAAGUCCCGUACUUCACCAAUCUUCUUAGUGUUGAUAGUGUUGAUGACAUUUUCAUAGAAACUACAAGCACAAUGUUUGAACACGAAGAGCCUUCACCCCAAAUGGAGGAGGAGGUUGAAGUCAUUGUUAAAAAACCAUUACGGGGUGGCAACUUCAACAUGGACGAAGACAAUAUGCUAAUAUCUUCGUGGAUUGAAAUUACCAUGGAUGCGGUUCAAGGAAAUGAACAAAAACAUAAGAAAUAUUGGGGUAGAAUUUGGGAGUACUUUCAUGGGCACAAGACCUUUAAUUCGAACCGUACUCCGAACUCUUUAAUGAAUAGGUGGUCUGUGAUUCAACAAGCGGUAAAUAAGUUUUGUGGUUACUUAGCCCAAGUUGAAUUAAGGCCCCAAAGUGGUAUGAAUGAGCAAGAUAAGAUUGGGAAGGCAAAACUCAUGUAUCACGAGUUUCAAGGGACAACAUUUCACUUUGAACAUUGUUGGUUAUUGUUGAGGUUUCAUCCAAAAUGGUUGGCUCAUAAAGAAACUACUACAAAACCAAAGAAAAAAUCUGUUGUGAAAGCUCGUACUAAUACUCAAGAUUCAAUAAAUCUAGAGGAAGACGAGGCCUCACCCGAAGCUUUUAUAAACUUGGAGCGACCAAUUGGCCGGAAAGCCGAGAAGAACAAACGAAAGAGUACCGAGAAAACGAAUCCAGGCGUUGUUGUGAUAUUGAAUGACAUAAAUGAAGAUAAGAAGAAGAAAACAAGACUAUUUGAGGAAGCACGUGAGUUGGACAAAGAAAUGUUUCUUCUUAAGAAAGAGGAAGUGCGCCUUAAGCAAGAUGAAGUCCGCCUUAGAGAUGGAGAUUUACGCUUGAGAGAAAAAGCGCUUCGGUUGAAAGAAGAGAGAGAGGAAAAAGAGUUUAUGUUCAUGGAUUCAAGUGGUUUAGAUGAAGAUGGGCAAGAAUAUGUUCGUCGACGCAAAAAGGCAAUUCUUGAACGUCAAAUUGGCAAUCUUUGAAGGCCAAAAUUUCACUCUAUUUUUUGUUAGCUCUUUACUUUUGAAGGCACUAGUUUUAGUUUAAGUUCUAUUCUAUUUUGCUAGUGCGCCCUAGAGGUUUAAUUUUGUAGCUACUGAAAGUCAUGAUGCCUUGCAUAGGUGGAUCUUGAUGUUUUAUUUUGCCUCUAGCCGCUUGUGUAUCUUGUAGCCCUUGUAACUAACUUGGUGUUCUCUUAUGCUGAAGGCCAAAAAACAUAGUCUUUUUGAUAAUGAAAAUAUUGUCUUAACUUGGUGUUCUCUUACACCAACCCUUAA